UGUUAAGAACCAGGGACAUAGAGCAUAAUAUACUAAGAAGUCUUAUUACUCUGUACUGAAAAACAUUAUUUUCUGACUGUCGCCCUCUACAGAAAACUUCAGGCUACGUCAUCGUACGCAUGGAUGAGUUUCAUGGUCAGCGUGGAAAAAGUAAACAAUGGAUGUGGAAUUCUCCAAAUCUUCCAAAAUUAUGGCAUUGGAAGAACCCCAGUUUGCUAGUCAUACCUUAUUGGUCGACCUGAGUAAGGGGUUAGAAAACGUUCCAGUUAAAAUCCCUGCUGAUUUAUAUCAUACAAGUGCUAUGGAUUUUGAGUACACUGUUGAAAAUGUAAGUGGACCAGGUUGCCAACAAGAUCCUUCCGAAUUGACCCUAGGUGGAUGCGACUGUGGUGUGUUAUCCUGUGGCCUGCACUGUUCAUGUGUUCAGAAUUUUGGACAGAAUUUUGAUGACGACAGUUGUCUUCUAGAAAUAACUUUAAACUCUGCUUCUCUGUAUGUAAAACCGACUUUUGAGUGCAAUGGAUCUUGUCGUUGCGGAGACAUUUGCAAGAAUCGUGUUGUUCAAAAUGGUAUCAAUAUACCACUUCUUGUUUUUAAGACAAAGAGUAAAGGUUUGGGUUUGAGGGCGCUGGAGACCAUCCGGAAGGGGCAGUUCGUGUGCGAGUAUGCAGGAGAAAUCCUCGGCAGGUCCGAGGCUAAAUUAAGAACUGAUGCAAAAUCCAUUGAAGAAAUGAAUUAUCUUCUGGUUCUGAAAGAGCAUGCUGGAAAAGAUAUGACAGUAACAUACAUAGACCCAACAAACUUCGGCAAUGUUGGACGGUUCAUUAACCACUCGUGUAAUCCAAAUUUGGAAGUGAUUCCGGUUCGAGUGAAUAAUGAGACACCAAGGGCUGCUCUGUUUGCCAGACGUGACAUUGCUGUCGGAGAAGAACUUUGUUAUAGUUAUCAUGGAGAUUUAAAAUUGACACAAGACAUAUCAACAAAUUCAAAACCAUGUUUUUGUGAUAGUGACAAAUGUAGAAAAUAUCUGCCCCAUAAUUUAUUUGCAUUUUGAAGAUGUUUUAAUUAAAUAUGAAAAAAUUAUAUUUGUGUUAUUACAAAAAUAUUUAAUAAGAUACUGUAGUUUGUCAAAUUUAAAUUAUUCUAGUAUUUUAUAUGAGAUGUUAUAAAUUCUAUAGAUUAUAUAUAUUAAAUAUUAUAUUAUCGAUUAUUUAGAAUCUAUAGAUUAUUAGAUAGAUUAAAUAAAAAAAAAAGGUUUAAUGACUGUCCAGUGGCGAUCCAAUUAAUUGCAUUCUAUACAGGCAUGUCUCAUGGCUACAUCAGCACACCACAGCCAAUGACAUAAUGCUUGCAGACACUCAUUAAUUUUAAAACCAGGGGCCUUGGUCCAUUUUAAAAGCUAUUAGCAAUAUUAAAUGUUUUUUUGGGGGGGGGGGGAAAUGUUCUAAGUGCCCCUAUUUUAGAACAUAUGUGUCUAUUAGACUAAGAGACCGAAAUGGAAAGAUAUUAUUCUUUGAUUUUAUUGGCUUAUACUGUAAUAAGUAGGCCUAUACUGUACGUUCAUGUAUACACAGAAUUCAUGUUACAAACUUGUGGGUAGUAACUUAGAUUAAACAAACCCCUGUUCCAAGCCCUGUCCAGACUUGCAAAUUUUAUUUGACAAAAAAACAUGCAAGAUGCCUAAAUAUGGCCAUGAUGACAUCAUAUCAUGACCAUAUAUAGGCACAUCAUGACUAUAUAUGGGCAUAAAACAGUUUUUUCAAAUAAAAUUUGAUAGUCAAGACAAGACUUUAUGCCACUAACUACAGCCAAUCACAGAUAUAAAUUGCUCAUGAUUUUUACUUUUUCAACAGGCAUUGAAAAAUAAGGGCUCUCUUUGGUCAUGUGAACUUGUUUCAAAUGCCACUGUGAUUUUCAAAAUAUAUGGUGCAUAUAAAUGAUUUUAUUUAUCAAAAAAAUAUAUCCUUUGAUUCAUAAGUGUCUCAUAAAAGUAUACUACACUUACACUUGAAAAGCCUCUAUUCAUUAUGAUUUGAAAACAAAAUGAAUCUUAUUGCACCUUAAAUAGUAGUAGUCCCACAUAUAAUUAUUGCCUCUCAAAUUUGGGAUUUACUCAUGGAAUUAGUUUCCAUGACAACAUAUGAAAAAUGAGCUAGAUAAUAUUAAGCAGUUCACACUGGCAUCAUAGCAGCAUAUGGGAUUAUUAAAAUUAAGGAAAAUGUUUGUACUAGCACUUUUGCAUACCAUAAGCAACAAAAUUCCAAAUAACAUUUAAAAAAAUUAUUUCUCAUUUAGCUAUAUUUAAGAAAGAAUUAGCAAUUAAAAAUGUAAAAUUUUAAAAAGGCAUUUUUGCUUUUGAUUCUAAACUAAUGCAAUUCAAUCGACAACUGUGGCAAGACAAGUAUUAAAGUGAGCUUUUAAUUAUAAAAUAAAAAAAAAAUUAAUUAAAUAUAGCAAUACUUUGAAUAAUACAGUAUUAUCUUAAUCAACAUAUACAUUUCUAAUGCCAUGAUUUACCUACUAACAUUGUGUUUUCCUGUAAUAUAUCUUAUAUUAGCCCUUGGUGUAUAAUAAACUAUAUCAAACUAUAUAACUAGUUUUAAUUAACAUUUACCAUUUUUUAUUAACAUUUUUUGUUCAUAAUCAUUUAAAUUAUGUAUCAACACUUUUUUGACAACUUAAUUCCAUUCAUUAGUAGAACUUGCUACUUAGAUUUAUUUGUAAGCUGUAAUAAAUAAAUAAAUAUGUUUGUUUAACCACAUUAAGCUACGUGCAUGGACUAUCAAUGAUAGUCCAGUAAUUCAUACUGUUAAAAAAAUCUGACGUACAAGGUGAAGAAAAAUUUGGUGGAAUAUCAAUUUAAAAACUUGCUAAAAAAUUAAUAUAAAAUAUUAUUAACAUAACUUGCUUCAAUAAGCCCAAAAUUUGACCAGAAGAAAUAAAAUUCCAAGAUGGUGUUAUCCAUAAUAAAACAAAUGGUUGGUGAAAGUGCCAAGUAAAUUUUUUAGUAAUUGGCCGGCAAGACAAAACUGGUUUGAUCACAAUCACAAAAUAAAACUGUUUUUGUAAGAGAUUGUAAAUUCAAUUUUUCCAGAAGUGUUUACCAUUAAGGUGGUCUUAUAUUUGAGGUUAGGCUUAUACUAGGUGUAAAA